AUGAGCGUUACUUGUAUAGUGAAGUACAAGGAGUCCUGCAAAAAGCUGGUUGUAGGCGGCGAGAAGGCUGCGGCGGAUGUGAGAACGGCCCUUCUCACAAGCCCCUUUAAAGAUGUCGUGGACAACAUGCUGAUACAGGUGAAGGACAAAGCACUCAAUGAGUUCUUUGAUAUUGAUGACACAACUGUUGUCACGAACGGUGACAUUAUAAGACUGGUCGAAAACCCAUUCCUGGACCUAUUCGCCAGAAGUGCACCCUUGGAGCUCGAUCCUGAUUUUGCAUUGAGCCCGGAGAGUCCUGCUGUUCCCAGCCCUGUAUCCGUACAAUCAGCACCUGGACCACUAUGGUACAAGUUUCCUGACUUCCCGAUCAACAUUGCUCAGGAAAUUGAAAAGACGGAAGUGGGCAAGGUGAUGCCGGAUUUGAGGAGGAACAUCAUCAGACAGAUUGUCUCAUCUUUAUGUAUAGAGACUAUGUACCCUGAUGAACACUACCUUACAGCUGCCCAAGAACUCGUCAGGAGGUACCCGCAACUGAUGGAUAAAUCACGAACUCGCUGUGCCUCCUGGCACGCAGGUAUCAAGAACCGAGCCCGAAAUGUUCGCAAAAGGAUGCCAGCUGGACUCAUGGAGGUGGAUUCUGCAAGGGCAAAAGCCAAGGCUCGACAACAAAGCCGAAGGGUCGAACUUCCUGGCGACCACCACUCUGUGCCGAAGAAGGCAGUCAGAAACAUGGUUCAGGCUACAGACUGUGGCCCUGGAGAAGACGAGGAAACGAUCAACGGGCAGAUUGAGUUUAUGAAGAAAGAGAUGAAGAAGACGGUGUGGGACAAAAGGAAAGUGGAAGACGCUAUGAACCGAACCUACAAAGCCAGGCGGGCAUGGUUAAACGGAGCAAAUUUGACAGUGACUGCUGUGACAGAUCGCUACCCAGCCCUUACGCGGGCACAAGAAAUUCGACAGGAGUUCAGACGGCUGACAGGUCGAGAUGCCGAGGAGGGACUUGACGCGUUCCUUGAAAGGAAAACUGAAGAACUCUACAAGCUCUUCCUUAUGAAGGCUGCCUCCAAACGACAGGCAAAGGAAAUUCUGGAGUACUCCAAGGGAUGCUCUCAAGAAGAGAGUGCAACGCUUCUUGGCAAUGGCGCCCUGCUCCUGCUGCCAUGCCUGAUGAAUGAAAAAAGUACCUCGAUUCUGAAGAAAUUGGAGCCAGGCACCCAGCACAUGAACCCAUGUAUUGUAUACGUUGGGGAAGAUGUCUUGACCUCCCCCAUGUAUGCAGUGAAAGUCGAAGAACUGAGCAUUGACGUUCCAAGCCUCAAGCAAGCUUUCUCAUUGCUAAUAAGCCUAUUCUGGGCCUUCGGCAUUCACUAUACUCCGGAGGCCAAGAAUAUGCUCACCAUCCUGGAGCAUGCCAUUGGUGUUUCUCAUACAAAAAUGGGCACGGUUGCACUUCGGGUUUGGAGCUCAUUGUGAGCUUCAGACCUGCAGAUAGACGAGGCAAUUUUUCCUGUUGUUCCAAAGAUGCUGACAACUUUUCAGAUGCUGCAACACAAAAAACAAACUACUCAAUUACUUAAAUUUAGAAACUUUUGAGGCAGCAGUUAGAAAUGAAGAAUGCAGCAUUUCCACGCCAUUCCUUGUGGGGUCAGGAUGAUCACCGACACAGGGAUAGAUUUUUUUGCCCUGAUUUUGUGAGCUAAUGGUUUCAAGGGCAUCAGCAGAGGACAUAGAAACAUGCUAUUACUGCAUAAUUUGGUGUACAUACAGUGUGAGAGUUGCAUUUUAAUCAGGAUUACAACCAAAAGUAGCUCGUCGUUGUAACAGGAGACUGGAAUUGCAGCUGUUGCGGCGCCACGAUGUAUUAGAGAUGUCGGUUACAUAUCAAAAUAUUUCUAGGGGUAACUAAUUUCUAGGGAUAACAUCUUGCAUAUUUCUAUGCAAGAUGGCGGUACGAACGGAACGGGACGUCGCCGCCUGCUGUGAUUGGUCAGUGCUAUGCCGCUGACCAAUCGCAGCAGGCGGCGAUGUCCCGGCCCCUUCGUCCCAGCUUGUCCCGCAGUCUUACAUAGCCCCCCAGGAGGUCGAAAGUAAUCUUAAGUUCCUCGUUGGAGUGUGCCAAAUGGCCUUUGUUGGCAUGUCAGACCCCCAAAUUCACCUCUGUCUCGCAAAGUCAAGAUGUCGAGAAAGUUUCCUCAUGUCAAGCUGCCAUAAACACACCUCUUUCUUUGCUAAAGCGCAGCAAAUUUGUCAUGGUCAAUGUGCUGAGAAACGGAGUGAGAGAGAGGAGACAAGAACGUCCAGGGACGUUGGAACUCUGAGCUCUAGUUGGAACGAUUAGUGCGUUGUAGACCUAUAGCUAGCUGCCUUUGUCUCAAUUGCAAGCGUUGAAUGCGUUUGAAUGCGAGAGCCAAAUGCCCGGUGCCAGCGUUCUGCAUUCUAAUGCAUUCGACGAGCGCAGUGGAAACAAAGGCAGCUAGCUUUAGGUUUACCCACUAACCAUUCGAACCAGAGCUCGGCGUUCCGGCAUUCCCGCACGCUCUCAUCUCCUCUCUCUCUCGGCACAUUUGUUUUUCGCCAAAAGCUUACGUUCAUGGAGAUGCUAUGACAAGAGUGAUGUGAGAAAAUCUCGGGUAUUGCAGUAUUCAUCUACAUUUUGUGUCACAACGACCAAUAGUUUGUCAGCAACCCUAGAAUUGCAUGAAAAAUUGCUUUCUCUGGAGUAAACCAUGAUCAACCAAUUGCUAUUUUUUUUAAACUGAGGGCAACUUUUUAUAUUUCUGGCAUAGUGAAUUAUACUUAUUGUUGAAACUGGGUUUUAUGGGCUAUGCCCACUAUAUAUACUUGUAUGGUUUAAACAAUAUCCAUCUUUGCACAUUAUACAUUUUCAGAUGCUUUUCUAAGCAGUGAAAUUACUAGUUCUGAGUGCUUUAAUUAUUUAGUUUGUAAUGUU